AUGGAGAGCGCCUUCGCGAAGCCCGUUGACGAUGUUCUCGCCAACUUCAAAGUGAACGCGAAGACAGGUCUCAGUGAUGCGCAAGUCACUGAACUGCGUAACAAACAUGGUCGCAACUCCAUUCCUGAGGAGCCUCCUACCCCCCUGUGGGAGCUGAUUCUCGAGCAAUUCAAGGACCAACUCGUUAUCAUCCUCCUCGGUUCCGCCGCUGUGUCUUUCAUCCUAGCCCUUUUCGACGAGGAAGAAGGAUGGAGCGCCUUCGUCGACCCUGUCGUUAUUCUUACUAUUCUUAUCCUCAAUGGCGUUGUCGGAGUCUCCCAGGAAAGCAGUGCUGAGAAGGCCAUUGCUGCCUUGCAAGAAUAUUCGGCCAACGAUGCCAAUGUAGUGCGAAACGGUGGCCAGGUCUCACGAAUCAAGGCUGAAGAACUGGUUCCCGGUGAUAUCGUUACAGUUCAUAUUGGCGACUGUAUUCCUGCCGAUUGCCGACUCGUCUCUAUCGAAAGCAACAGUUUCUCCGUCGACCAAGCAGUUCUCACCGGAGAAAGCGAGAGUGUUGGAAAGCGCGCCUCCACGGUUGUUGACGAUGACAAGGCCGUUUUACAGGACCAGACCAACAUGUUGUUCUCCGGAACAACAGUUGUCACUGGCCGCGCUCGUGCCGUCGUCGUCCUCACUGGUGCUAGCACCGCGAUUGGAGAUAUCCACGAGAGCAUCACUGCUCAGAUCUCGGAGCCUACUCCUUUGAAGCAGAAGCUCAACGACUUUGGUGACAGUUUGGCCAAGGUCAUUACCGUCAUCUGUAUCCUGGUCUGGCUCAUCAACAUCCCCAACUUCAACGAUCCUAGCCACGGUAGCUGGACCAAGGGUGCCAUCUACUAUCUUAAGAUUGCCGUGUCUCUUGGUGUUGCUGCUAUUCCCGAAGGUCUGGCUGUCGUCAUCACCACCUGCUUGGCUCUUGGAACGAGAAAGAUGGCCGCCAAAAACGCCGUCGUACGAAGCCUUCCUUCUGUUGAGACCCUUGGAAGCUGCAGUGUUAUCUGUUCUGAUAAGACUGGUACCUUGACCACCAACCAAAUGAGUGUGAACAAGGUUGUGCAUCUGAACGAGGACGGUAGCGAUCUCAACGAGCUUGAUGUCGAGGGUACUACUUUCGCUCCUCGGGGAUCCAUCAAGGCUGGCGGUGUCAUCGUUCGGGAUCUUCACGUCACGUCCAACACCAUUCGUCAAAUGACCCAGGUUGCCGCCAUCUGUAACGACGCUCAGCUCGCGUACGAUUCUCAGUCUGCUACCUUUUCCAGCAUCGGUGAACCCACUGAGGGUGCUCUUCGAGUUUUGGUUGAGAAGAUCGGACCUUGCGCCCCCGCCGAUACCCGCCCCGAGGACUGCUGUCACUAUGCCAGUGCUACCUACCAGAAUGAGUUCCCCCGUCUUGCCACAUACGAAUUUUCCCGCGAUCGUAAGAGCAUGUCUGUCCUGGUUGGCAGUGGCCGUGAUAAGAAGCUUUUGGUCAAGGGUGCUCCCGAGUCUGUCAUCGAUCGCUGCACACAGACCCUUAUUGGCUCCAACGGCAAGAAGGUUCCUCUUACCAAGAAGAUUGCAGACCGUUUGAUGAGUGAGAUUGUACGAUACGGUAACAACGGCCUUCGAGUUAUUGCCCUCGCCAGCAUUGACAACGUUCCUGAGAGCCCCCUACUCCAGACCGCCACCUCUACAGAGCAAUACGCCCAGCUUGAACAGAACAUGACUUUCCUCGGCCUUGUGUGCAUGCUUGAUCCUCCCCGUGAGGAGGUCCCCCACGCUGUUCAGCAGUGCAAGGAAGCUGGUAUCCGCGUUAUCGUUAUCACUGGUGACAACCGCAACACCGCUGAGAGCAUCUGCCGACAGAUCGGUGUCUUUGGUCAGCAUGAGGAUCUUACUGGAAAGAGCUAUACUGGUCGCGAGUUUGAUCAAUUGUCUCCCAGCGAGCAGCUCGAGGCCGCCAAGCGUGCAUCUUUGUUCUCCCGUGUCGAGCCCAGCCACAAAUCCCGCCUGGUCGAUCUUCUACAGUCUCUCAACGAAGUUGUUGCCAUGACUGGCGAUGGUGUCAACGAUGCUCCUGCUUUGAAGAAGGCUGAUAUCGGUGUUGCUAUGGGUUCUGGAACUGAUGUCUCUAAGCUGGCUGCUGAUAUGGUCCUCGCUGACAGCAACUUUGCCACGAUUGAGGUCGCCAUUGAGGAGGGACGCUCCAUCUACAACAACACACAGCAGUUCAUCCGUUAUCUCAUCUCUUCCAACAUCGGCGAGGUUGUUUCUAUCUUCCUCACAGCUGCGCUUGGCAUGCCUGAGGCUCUGGUUCCCGUUCAACUUCUCUGGGUCAACCUCGUCACCGAUGGUCUCCCUGCCACCGCCUUGUCUUUCAACCCCCCUGACCACGACAUCAUGAAGCGUCGACCUCGCAAGCGAGACGAGGCACUUAUCGGUGGCUGGCUCUUCUUCCGUUACCUUGUCAUCGGUACCUACGUUGGUCUUGCUACCGUUGCUGGAUACGCCUGGUGGUUCAUGUACAACCCCGAGGGACCUCAGAUCACUUUCCGCCAGCUCACUCGCUUCCACCACUGUUCAACUGAGUUCCCCGAGAUUGGCUGUGUCAUGUUCUCCAACGACAUGGCUAAGUCGGCUUCGACUGUGUCGUUGUCUAUCCUGGUUGUUAUCGAGAUGUUCAACGCCGUCAACGCCCUGUCGUCCAGCGAAUCCCUUCUCACCUUGCCUCUGUGGAAGAACAUGAUGCUCGUCUAUGCUAUCGCUCUGUCAAUGGCGCUUCACUUUGCCCUCCUCUACAUUCCCUUCCUUCAGGGUCUGUUCUCCAUCCUUCCUCUGAACACCCUCGAGUGGAAGGCUGUUGUUAUCAUUAGUGCCCCCGUCGUACUCAUCGACGAGAUCCUCAAGGCCAUUGAGCGACAGUUCUUUAUGCAGACAACAAUUGACACUUCCCUCAAGACAAAGAAGGAGCAAUAG